GUCAGGAAGUUUUCCACGUGAUACUGACAUGGGUUGUUUCCUCGUCUAACUGAGGACAUGAAAUGUGUACAUGUAUAUAACAGUCAUGGAGUGCAUUUAUGUAAACGUUAAUUUGUAUUUUACCACGACAGCUUUGGACAAUGACGUAAUCACUAUAAGUACGCAACAGAGUACAUAUUCAUGGAUACCACAAUCUUUCUGGUUUUGCAAAUAUAUGUACAGAACAAACACACUACGCUCCGGAUGAAGGCUUGUAGCAAGAAUUAUUUAUAGAUCUCGUCGGAGAGUGGAAUCUAUAAAUUGUGUUGUAAUCUCAUGUAUGUGUUUUUUCCGCAGAGGACAAACAAUGAAUUCAACACAAUAACAUGCAGUGUCUGGAGAUUCUUCUUCUAAUAUUUGCAGUGCGAGGAAUGGAAAAACUUCCUUCGUCGGAAUCGUAUGUAGACAGAAAGAGUGGUGAGAGCGGGCGUUAUUACGGAAAUACCACUUCCGAAUUACCUGGAAACAACUACCUGUGUCACUAUGGGAAUGCAAGCUUAUUUCAUACAACACCUUUCUCUGAGCAGUGUUUCUUACGAAACAAAGACAUAUUGACAGAUCGUGAGAACAAGUCCAAAAUUUAUCCUUACUUCUUACCACCAGUCGGAAGUCCACCAGGCUGUGGUUCAUUGCCAAACGUGAGUGGUGGUGAAUGGGUGUGUCCAGACGGCGUUUCCCCUUUCUCAGUCCCCGUGUAUGAACGUUGUCGUCUACGAUGUUUGAAUCAACCAUCGAGAAACAAUAAUAUCAAAGUCAGAUGCACUGAGAAACUGGACUGGGACUACACUUUGUCAUCAGCUAUUUGCUCCACAGAAAGCUGUGGUUCGUUGCCAAACGUGAGUGGUGGUGAAUGGGUGUGUCCAGACGGCGUUUCCCCUUUCUCAGUCCCCGUGUAUGAACGUUGUCGUCUACGAUGUUUAAAUCAACCAUCGAGAAACAAUAAUAUCAAAGUCAUAUGCACUGAGAAACUGGACUGGGACUACACUUUGUCAUCAGCUAUUUGCUCCACAGAAAGUCCAUCAGUUGAACACUUGGAAACGUCGCUAAAAUUUCCGAUCAUUAUCUCGGCAGUCGGCGUCAUUGUACUGAUUCUAUUCCUUUGGGCACUUCUUACGUAUAGGUGCAACAAAAUUCGUCAAAAACCAUCACGCAACUUCCCACUGACUGACAAUGCGCAUACUUUAUUGGAUAGAGUUUCCGCUGAUGGGGACAAUAACGAUGACGUGGAGGGUCAGAAUUGCCUGAUAAACAUGGUAGCAGUGACCGAAUCUUCUACAAGUAAUAGUGACACUGAAGUUGAAAAAGAAAGUUCAACUGAAACGAAUCGUGCUUCAGAGACACGACCCUCUUAUACUGUACUUUUCCAGCAGUCCAACUCCUCUAGUGAUCUACCGAAUUGGGCUACAAAAUCAAGUGACCUUCACAAAAUAAAUUGUUCUUCCAAUGAUGUACUGAGAGAGCUUAACUCACUGUCUCCUCUCUCUCCCUUUGCGAUUUCUAAUGAUAAAUUUGUUCCUCUAGAUAUAGCUUCACUAGAAAACUUGGAAGACGUAAGAGAAAAUGUCGCCUUCAUAGAAUGUCACCCAGAAAAGUCGAACUAUGCUCUACCAGAAAUUUUACAGAAGAGUGGUUCUGACCCUUGUCCAACAUUUGCUGCCAUGUUGGAAGGAGCCUUGGAUGACAGCGUGCGAUUUGUAGAUGACCUUUCAACCUUGCUGGACCUCGAUGUACAAUACAAAAAUCCUCGCAAUUGGCAAGGACUAGCACAGACUCUUUUCAAUUUGUCUUACAAUAAAAUCAUGGAAAUGAGACAUAAAACAAAGGACCAUUUUAGAGAGGGCGUGUUGCCUUUACUAAGUUGCUAUGGAUACAGAAUUUAUGAUGUGACCUACUACUUCUACAGUCCCCCGUCUCGGCGAGUGGACGUUUUAGAAUGUAUUCAACGGUAUCAUCCUCACUGUCAGCACUGUGAAGAAAUCUAUACCCGUCACAAAUCAGACAUUUUAUCUAAUGCAUCAUGAACACUACUUAGUAGUCUGAAAGAGAAUCAUAAAUCAGUUUGAGCAUGGGACAUUAACAAUUAUGGCAUCAAAACAACUUUUUCACCCAAUUUUGUUUCAUCAUCUAUUUGUGUUAUAUGCACAUAGCUGUACAAUAAAUAACGUACCCAACGAGAACUUUCACUCAUAUAUAUAUAUAUAUAUAUAUAUAUAUAUAUAUAGAGAGAGAGAGAGAAUUAUACCAGAACCAGAUUUAAAUUCAAAAUGAAGUACACGUAUGGCAGAAAUAUCACAGUUCAUCGUGUUGCAUACAAUUUGGUUCAUGGUUAGAUAUUCUUUAUACAUUCUAUUUCAAUCAUUCCAUAAAUAUAUUUCAUGAUCUCAACAAUGCACCAAAAAAACUUUGUAUGUCAUACACCACAUACUAGUAGUUAGAAAUAUAAUAUUUUUCUCUGUUACAUGUCAUAUAUACUGGCAAUAAUGCAAUCCAAAACAACUAGCACUUCCCAAAAAAUAUGUUGCCUAAACUUGCCAAAUUUAUGAUAAUACACAUAUCAAAUAUUAUUGAUAUCUAUUAACUCUCAUUAAAAUUCACGCAAAAAUACAAUCUUCAUAUACAAUGUAAGGUCCUUUGAAUGAGUUACGUCAUAGCUACAGAUCUUUCUAUGAAAAAUACAUACCUCUUACAUAUAAAUAGAUGACGUUUAUUUUUUGUUAAAAUACUUGAUUUUCUGAAUUCUCCAUAAAGAGAUUUUAUGCAAACCUAAACUUGAAACCAUUUCAAAUUAAUUACUAGUAUAUAUUAUUGUGUAUUUGAUGUGUACUUUUAUAAGAUCCUUUGAUUUUUCACCUUAAAUAAAUGAAUAUCAAAAUUUAACAGACCAUGCUGAUAAUAUUGAAUGUUCAUCAAUUGUUUCACAUAUAUUGAAGUUGUACCCUUAACUGAUUAUUUUACUGUUAUAAAUUGAAAGUUAUACACAGUGA